CUGCACUGACUCCCGCAGUUCUGAUCAACCGCAAGGUUGACCCCCAAUGCUCACGCAGGGCAGCUCCGUACGACACUGGGUCCCUGAGCUGCAAAACCCGGGCAUCCGGGAAGUCCCUGGCUGGGAGAUGUCGGAGCAGACGGGAACUAUGGGGCCUAGAGAGAUAUCUUGACGACCAUGCGGGGAACCAGAGGUUUCAUCACUCGUGUGCUCUUACGCGUGUGGUUUCGCUGUGAUGUGUCUCUGAUGGUUUAGUCUAUAUCCCCGACUGCAUGGUCCUGCGCCGAGUAUCCUUUAUGUUGACUCGCUGUUCCUCUCUACUGUCCCAUGCCGAGUUUUUCUUCUCUAUAGCUCUUUGUUUCAUCAGGUUGUACUGUGACAGACACCAGACCAGCACGUCAUGAAAUCUUCUCUUUAUCCUCCCGUAUCUUUACCGAAUCUAUUGCUGGCCAUUGUGCUCGUGGUAACGUCCUUCGUCCUCCUCUCGGCGACGAUUCACCGGUCUUCCUACCUCUCCUCCGUUCCCUCUGUCGAGCCGCCCCCCGAGCGAGCAUGGCCGAUGGUAUGGGCCUCCUACAGCAAUGAACCCCCCGAACCAAAGUACUUCCAGGAAGCUGGCAACACCCUAGAAAUGUCCCACUACGACAUCCGCUUCUUCCAGGGCGUGAUCCCGUAUUCUCAACAUCGUGAGGUCCUCCAGCACCUCAUCCGAUCAUACCUCUCCAUCAUGGCCUCCCUCAAGAUGGAGACCUGGAUCGCACAUGGCACAUUGCUUGGGUGGUGGUGGAAUGGCCGGAUCAUGCCCUGGGACUAUGACCUCGACGUCCAGGUCAGCCUCCACACGAUGGAGCACAUGGCCAAGCAGUUCAACCAGACGCUGCAUGAGUGGAGGUACACCACCGAUGAGGGAGGGGAGGGUGUGCAUGAGAUCAAGAAGACGUAUCUGUUGGACGUGAACCCAAACUACUCGGAAAUGAAGAGGAGACAGGGAAUGAACGUGAUUGAUGCCAGAUGGGUUGAUGUUGACACGGGCAUGUUUGUGGAUAUCACUGCGCUGGCCGAGAGAAAUCCAGUGUUGGAACCGGGGAUCUGGAGCUGCAAGAACUUCCAUCAGUAUAGGACGCAUAAUAUCUGGCCGCUGAAGGAGACAAGGUUUGAGGGGGUUAAGGCAAAGGUGCCUCUUGAUCACGAGAGAAUUUUGGUGGCGGAAUAUGGGGAGAAGAGCUUGGUGUUGACCGAGUGGGAAGGGACACCGCUGGAGUGAGGAAUUGAAGGAGUGGGUGAGGAUAUCAGUAAAUGAUACGGUGAACAGCUAUGGAUCUGGGUAGAAGUGAAGUGAGGAAACAGUUUGGAUUUGAUGCCUUGGAUAUGUGACUUGUUUGACAGGCGCUAGGCGUUGGGCGUUUGCUUGGAUACCACGUGACGAGGGCAAGAGGCUGGCUUUUCGCCAAAGUUGGAAGAGAUUUCUCGGGCAGGUGAAGAACGAAGAUUGAUACGUAUGUGAAAUCUGGGCCCCG